CCUGCUGUCUAUUCACCAGUGGAAAUGCCUAGUGGACACCAUCGCGACUUAUUUCUGGGAUGAGCUAUUUCUCGCAACAACAGAAUGUCCAAAGAAGAAGAGGAAGAGGAAGGAGGAGGUUGAGGAGGUGCGAUCUUCUAUUUACAGGUCCAGUGUAAAGAGCAAACCAGGAGUAACAGCCAGCCAGACUCUCCAGUGACUCCUGUGUUGCUGUCCAGACCGGAUGAGCUGAGGGGCAGAGGAAGAGUCGCUGUGUGCCCCAGUCACUGUGGUGGGAGCCAUGAGGCCAAGGGGGCUGCAGGACGCCUGUGGGUGCUGCAUCGCCCGCAACUUCUCCAAGAGGUUGUGGGCCCUCAACAUUACCCAGAGCCAGGACAGGGUCCGCCUGGUGAAGCUUUUGUUGGCCUUUGGGGAGCAGUACCGGGAUGUGUUGGUGCUGUGGGGGCUGGAGCAGCAGCUGUACAGGAGCCUCAUAACAUGCCUCAGGAACAGACUCAACCCUCCAGUGUUCCUGACGGCCAUGCUGGUGUUCUGCCCCAAGGUGACCAUAGACCAGAUUGCCAUGUUGACCGACCGCAGACACGUGUUUGGGACGGGGUCAGGGCUGUACAUGUCCCAGGGUGUGUGCUGGGGCAUGUUGGAGGUCCUCAACGCAUACCAGGCGCAACAGUCCUUGAGCACCAACCAGUGGAAGGGGGGAGGCUGUGAGCAUUUCACCCUGCCAACAACGUGUCUGGUGCUGGAGGGAGUCUACUUUGCAGAGCCAGAUUUCUUGAAGCACCUCCUCCAGAAAAUGCCAAGCCUUCGACACAUAUCUCUGCAGCACAAUGGGACCGGAUCAGUCAUGAAGACUCUCAGCAAGCAUUGCAAACUCCUGGAGUCCCUGUGCUUCCUGGAGCCAAGCAUAGAAGUCUCAAUACUGGAGAAGGAUAUCUUUAGCAUCUUCUUCGGCAUUCCAGCGUCCGAAUCCCUCCAAGACUCAGAGAGCAUACUGAAGAAGUUUACAAGUGACAAGCAGUUCAGGGAAAGCUUUGAGUUUCAGUUUCCUAACUUAAGAAAACUUGAUAUUGAUGAGCUGUUCUUUGACGAAGAAAUGGUUCACAGUAUUUAUACGAUAACUCUAAUACUGCAACCAAAGUUAAUGUGUUUUGGAAAGCACAUUGGCCUCACAAAGUGGUUUAUAAGAAACUACAAAAAAAUCUGGAGUACUGUGAAUGACAGACCAGAAUGUGAAGCCACCUUGCAGUUAUCUGAAGCCAGGUUUGUGGACUCCGUGUCUGUAGCGGCACCUGAUGCUACCACGGAACUGGACUACUGGGAAAAAGUGGCACCAGUGUUCGAAAACCUUGUGUCCGUUGAAUUACAGAAAAGCCGCUGGAGUGAGGACGAGAUUGCAAAGUUCUGUGAUUUCUUCAGUAAGCAAGUCAAAACCUUUUCUCUGGGCGAGUUACCCCUGAGCAACAUGUCCUGCCUGAGCAACAUGACUCACCUCCGCCUCACACUCAGCAUGGCGGUGCGCAUCCACUACUCCUUCGACAAGGUGCACCUCAUCCUGGACACCUGCCCCAGCCUGAGGACCCUGAGCAUCCACCAGACACUCUACCAUGACGGGGUGCGCCGCAACAACCUGCUGCUGGACCAACCAAACUUCUUCGACCACAUGAUAGAGGAUGAGGACCUGGACGUUCUGGAGAGGCUGAUGCUGGACGAGUUGAUGGGGGAGGCGGUGAACCUUGAGGCAAUGGUCAUAAAUCUUGAGGGAGUUGAACUUCACCACAACGAGAAUCGGUUUCCUUGGGGAGCACCAGAGAUUCCGCCUCCCAACGUGGGUCGAGAGGCUUUGGAGGAUGUCAGGUCGUCUCCGUCCAGCAGAGCACCCAGGAAGGGGCUGAGGGGGCAUCACAACCUGAGGACCCUGCGCAUUGCUUCUCUCUGUGAGGCCAACAGGAAACAGACAGAGGACUUCCUCCGAGGGGUGCUGGAGCGGCUGCCAAACUUGUGCCACCUGUGCCUGGGCAUGUGGAUGGGCUCACCCAGCCAGCGCCUCACCUGCACCGCCAACGCCUUCGUCUCGGUGGUCACGGACAAGAGCCUCAGGGAGCCCCUCCUGCCACACCUCACACGGCUGUGUUGCCUUCCCUCCGGCACUGAGAAGCAGAUGUGCCAGUCCCUCGCCGCCCUGGUGGAGGAGCUGCCGGCCCUGGACACCCUGGUCUUGCCGGCGCUGGACAACUUCAUGCUGGCGCCAACGCUCCGCUACUUCCAGCACAGCAGCCUGGACAUCCAGUACAAGUGUGCCACGGACCAGGUCUUCCUGCACUGGGAGCCGGAACACUAACUUGUGCUUUGGUGUGAUAUAUCAAGUUGUUUAUAAAUUAGGAUUAAGACUUUGCUACUGCCAGGACAGCAGCCUCAACCUUCAGUACAAAUGUAUCAUAGACGAGGGAUUUGGGUUGACCUGAGUUGCUAUGAUAUGAGUGAUAUAUUACUAAAGAAAAGCUGAAAAAGGUGGACAACAGAAUGGAUAAUGUUAAAUUUUUCGUCAGUUAUUCAAUGUAUUUGGGGAAGCUCAAUACCAGUUACUCUCCAUCAGGCAAAAAAGGGUUAUUGUUACACUGUCAUUAGGAUCAACAAGAAAAUUAGGAAACAAAGUGUAACAGAUUUGAAUGCAUCUUCUUUGAUCUCUCUAUAUGGCUUGGUAUGAUUCAAGCCACAGGGUAGUUAGUUUUAAGUGACUCAGAUUUGCUCUUAUAUUUGGAUUCACAUCACUGCCAAAUAAUGGAACCGGGAAGUAUAACAUCCAGAUUUGCUGUUAACCCUUAGAUGGCAGCAGUAUUUGAAGAGGAGCUCCCCCAAAAUGAAUGGUCUAUAUAUAGUCACUGCCGACCUUAGGACCAUAGCAUAAAAAUGGUUACGCCGCAUAAGAGAUGUUUUACCUAUCGUCUCUAUAUAGAUUCUACUGCAAUCUGGAAGUGUUAUAUUUCUGCCAUACAAAACUGACACUGAAUUUUGGACCGUCUGUAUAUUACAUUGCCAUCUAAAGGUUAAACAUGCAUUCAAAUCACUGGGAAUAGUCACUGCUUAGGAAGAAAACAGAAUGUAUAAUACCCAGCAGAAUGAAUUGCAUCUCUCUGAUUCUCACCUUUAGCCGGGUAUAUUCUUGGGCUGCUUGCGGACGGACUUCAACGGCUUGUGCUUUCGGACUGACAGGAUUGAAACCUAGUAAUAGAAAAAACAAACAAACUGCAAAAGUCAUGGUUUGUUUAUAUAUAUUGUACAUGGUUCAAAUAAAAUAUAUAUUCCUUUAUAGUGA